AUGAACUCGACAAAUGCAGAGGACAUACCCAGUAACUAUGGUUUGACAGGUGAAAUGGAGCUACAGGUUGGCCUGAAAUUUCUGACUAAGGAUGCAGCAAUGCUUGCUGUUAAGAACUACAACAUACGUCGAAGUGCGGAAUUCAAAGUAGUGGAGUCAGAUCAUACCAGGUAUGUUUGUCGGUGCAAACUUUUUGGUGACCAAUGUUCCUGGAUGGUGAGGGUUGCGAAGACAAGGGCGUCCAGAUUUUGGGAAGUUCGAAAAUACCAAGGGCCUCACACUUGUUUGGCGUCCGAGACUUCGCAAGAUCAUGCACAACUGGAUUCAAAUGUCAUAUGCCAGCACAUAUUCCCCAUGGUUCAAGCAGACGCAACGAUUUGCAUAAAAGUGUUGCAGGGGUCCGUGGAGUCGGCAUACGGAUACAAGGUGUCUUACAAAAAGGUUUGGCUAGCAAAGCAAAAGGCAAUAGCGAGAAUCUAUGGAGACUGGGAUGAUUCUUAUAACCAGUUACAGAGAUACUUCAAUGCGUUGCAAACCUUUGUUCCAGGGACAAUUGUUAACCUCCAAACCCGACCAUACUACGUGGGCAACACCCUCGAUCGUGAAAGCGUCAUGUUUCAUCAAGUAUUCUGGUCAUUCCUAUCGUGUGUCGAGGCAUUCAAGCACUGCAAGCCUCUAGUUUCGGUUGAUGGAACACACCUGUAUGGUAAGUACACAGGUACCUUGUUGAUGGGAAUAGCACAGGACGGAAACAACAACAUUCUUCCCAUAGCCUUCGCACUAGUGGAACGGGAGAACACAGAUGCAUGGUACUUCUUUCUAACCAACUUAAGGAGACAUGUGGCUACGCAACCAGAUGUUCUACUGAUCUCUGACAAGCAUGCGGCCAUAAAGGCUGCUCUAGAGCGGGAGGGUUGUGGCUGGGAACACAAUGUUUACUGUGUCCGACACAUUGCGUCCAAUUUUGCAACAAACUUCAAGAGUAAAGAAGCCAAAAGACAUCUUGUUAGCGCUGCAUACUCGAAGACCCAAGAGCAGGCACAGUACUACCUAGAGUUAAUCAGCGCGGAGGAUCCGACCACGUCACCGGAAAUGAUGGCUUGGAUAAGAGGGUUAGAGCCACCAAAAUGGCUCCAACACCGGGAUGAGGGGCGCCGAUAUGGUCACAUGACAACGAACCUUUCUGAGUGUAUCAACUCUGUGAUGAAGGGCACUCGUAACCUUCCGGUGUGUGCAAUUGUCAAGUCCACGUACUACCGUUUAAAUGCAUUGUUUGUCCAGAAGGGUCGGCAGGCAGAAGCAUAG